CCCUUCUUCUUGCCUGAAUUGGAAGCUCCAGGAAUGUGCUAAUUGGCGGCGGCCUCUUCAGAAAGCUGUUUAGGAGGCAACACGCUGAAGGAAAUUAGUUUCCCGGAUCUGGCUAGCCAUGAAGCUGCACAAAUGCAGGGUUGGAAGCAAGCAUCCUGGAGAGAGAAGCCAGAGGAAAAUGGAUCUUGUUAUGUGAGGGCAUUGAGGAAACAGUCCCCAGCUACUGAGAGGAAGAAAGGCCAGUGGGAGCUACUCGGGUGGUUGAGGAAGGGACAAGAGACAUUUUGCAGCAUUUUUCACAUGCCUCUGAACUGCUGGGUUUAUUUGGAAGAGGAAAGAGAAAUACCACAGAAAAAGGCUAUUCUUGAAAUGUUUGUGAGCAUUUGGUAACCAAGCAAGAAUUGAAACUCUUCCAGGAUUUCUAGACCGAAGAGAUGCUGAUCGAGGGAUUUUAAUGGCUUUCAGGUAGAAGAAAGUGGAGACAAUCAAAAUGAAUUCUAUGGACAGGCACAUACAGCAGACCAAUGACCGGUUGCAGUGCAUAAAACAGCACUUACAGAACCCUGCAAACUUCCAUAAUGCAGCAACAGAGCUCCUGGACUGGUGUGGAGACCCCAGAGCCUUCCAGAGACCAUUUGAGCAGAGCCUGAUGGGUUGUUUGACGGUGGUCAGUCGUGUGGCAGCUCAGCAAGGAUUUGACUUGGAUCUGGGAUACAGGCUACUGGCAGUAUGUGCAGCCAACAGGGACAAAUUCACUCCAAAAUCAGCUGCACUGCUUUCAUCGUGGUGUGAGGAGCUGGGACGGCUCUUGCUGCUUCGCCACCAGAAAAGCCGGCAAAACGAUCCUCCAGGGAAGCUACCCAUGCAACCGCCCAUGAACUCCAUGAGCUCCAUGAAACCCACCCUUUCUCAUAGUGAUGGGUCUUUCCCUUAUGAUUCUGUUCCCUGGCAGCAAAAUACCAACCAACCUCCAGGCUCUUUAUCAGUGGUCACCACAGUAUGGGGUGUGACUAACACCUCUCAAAGCCAGGUGCUGGGAAAUCCAAUGGCAAAUGCUAACAACCCUAUGAACCCAGCAGGAAAUCCCAUGGCUUCUGGGAUGACUACCAGCAACCCUGGAAUCAAUUCUCCUCAGUUUGCUGGACAGCAGCAACAAUUUUCAGCCAAGGCAGGCUCCACUCAGCCGUACAUACAGCAGGGCAUGUAUGGGCGACCCAAUUAUCCUGGAAGUGGAGGCUUUGGUGGCAGUUACCCUGGAGGCCCAAAUACCCCUGCAGGAAUGGGAAUCCCCCCACACACGAGACCACCAGCUGAUUUCACCCAGCCAGCUGCAGCUGCUGCUGCUGCUGCAGUCGCGGCUGCAGCUGCUACAGCAACAGCUACAGCUACAGCCACUGUGGCAGCCCUUCAGGAAACGCAGAAUAAGGACAUGAACCAGUAUGGACCGGUUUGUUCCUCUUUCCAGAUGGGUCCAACACAGGCUUACAACAACCAGUUUAUGAACCAGCCUGGUCCUCGUGGCCCUGCUUCUAUGCCAGGCAACAUGAACCCGGCAAGCAUGGGAGCAGGAAUGACGCCUUCCAGCAUGAGUGGGCCACCCAUGGGCAUGAACCAGCCUCGGCCUCCUGGAAUGAGUCCCUUCAGCACCCAUGGGCAGAGGAUGCCUCAGCAAGCCUACACAGGCCCUCGGCCCCAGUCCUUGCCUAUACAGGGCAUAAAGAGACCAUACCCAGGAGAGCCGAAUUAUGGAAACCAGCAGUAUGGACCAAAUAGCCAGUUUCCAAACCAGCCUGGUCAGUACCCUACUCCCAACCCUCCAAGACCCCUUACAUCUCCCAACUAUCCUGGUCAGAGGAUGCCAAGCCAGCAAAACACAGGGCAGUACCCUCCUCCAACAGUCAACAUGGGGCAGUAUUAUAAGCCAUCAAGGCCUGUACCUGUGGCAAAUUACCCUCAUUCACCUGUUCCAGGAAACCCCACGCCACCUAUGACUCCAGGGAGCAAUAUUCCUCCAUACCUGUCACCUAACCAGGAUGUCAAACCACCAUUCCCACCUGACAUUAAACCAAAUAUCAAUGCUUUACCACCACCUCCAAAUGCUAAAGGGAAAGUUCACACUUUCUCUCCCUCUUCGAUCCCAGCCAACCACAACGAUGAGCUGCGCCUGACGUUCCCUGUGAGAGAUGGGGUUGUACUGGAGCCCUUCCGGCUGGAGCACAACCUGGCAGUCAGUAACCAUGUCUUUCACUUACGGCCAACUGUUCAUCAGACGCUGAUGUGGAGGUCUGACUUGGAAUUGCAGUUCAAGUGCUAUCACCAUGAAGACAGACAAAUGAACACAAACUGGCCAGCUUCGGUCCAGGUCAGCGUUAAUGCAACCCCACUUACCAUCGAACGUGGCGACAACAAGACAUCUCAUAAACCUCUGCACCUAAAGCAUGUCUGCCAGCCAGGAAGAAACACGAUUCAAAUUACAGUCACAGCAUGUUGUUGUUCGCACUUGUUCGUGUUGCAGUUAGUACAUCGGCCAUCAGUUCGUUCAGUGCUUCAAGGUCUACUAAAGAAACGCCUCCUCCCAGCAGAACAUUGUAUCACUAAGAUAAAGAGGAACUUCAGUAGCGUAGCAGCUUCCUCUGGCAACGCGACACUAAACGGGGAAGAUGGAGUAGAGCAAACUGCCAUUAAAGUCUCUCUGAAGUGUCCAAUCACAUUCCGGAGGAUUCAGCUCCCAGCAAGGGGUCACGAUUGCAAGCAUGUACAAUGCUUUGAUCUGGAAUCUUACUUGCAACUGAACUGUGAGAGAGGAACUUGGAGGUGUCCAGUAUGCAAUAAAACUGCUCUGCUGGAGGGCUUAGAGGUUGACCAGUAUAUGUGGGGUAUUCUGAAUGCUAUACAAAACUCGGAGUUUGAAGAAGUUACCAUUGACCCGACGUGCAGUUGGAGGCCGGUCCCUAUAAAGUCAGAUAUUCACAUCAAAGAUGACCCAGAUGGCAUUCCCUCAAAAAGAUUUAAGACCAUGAGUCCAAGCCAGAUGAUCAUGCCAAAUGUGAUGGAGAUGAUUGCAGCUUUGGGUCCUGGCCCAUCACCUUACCCUUCCUUACCCCCUCCUCCAGGAGGCAACAACUCCACUGAAUAUGGUAACCAAGGUAACAGUUACCAAGGUCAUGGCAAUUUUGACUUCCCACACGGGAAUCCCGGUGGCACGUCUAUGAAUGACUUCAUGCAUGGGCCACAGCUUUCGCAUCCCCCAGACAUGCCAAGCAGCAUGGCAGCUCUCGACAAACCUCUCAGUCACCCCAUGCAGGAAUCUAUCCCUCAUCCCGGCAGCACUGAUCAGUCCCAUACUUCCAUGCAGCAAGGUUUGCACGUCCCUCACCCCAGCAGCCAGUCAGGGCAGCCAUUACAUCACAGCGGGCCUCCUACCCAGCAGUCCCGGCAGCCACCCCCGGCCACUUCUAGCAACCAUCCACACAGUGACCUGACCUUUAAUCCCUCCUCAGCCUUAGAGGGUCAGGCUGGUGGACAGGGAGCACCUGACAUGCCGGAGCCCUCGCUGGAUCUACUUCCAGAACUCACAAAUCCGGAUGAGCUGCUUUCGUACCUGGAUCCUCCUGAUUUGCCAAGCAAUAGCAAUGAUGACCUUCUGUCUCUCUUUGAGAACAACUGAAACCAUGUGUAUUCUCCCAUCCCUUUCACUUGUUCACACGUGUGUGGCUGCAUAGCAAGGAAUCUUAACACUCCUUUUCCACAAGAGAAGAAACAAAAACCCAAAAAACUCACAACUUGAUCCAAUGGUGCACUCCCUGCUUUCUUCAUCUCAGAACUGCUUUUGUCAGCUUCAAAAACUGCGAAAGUGACGGGAGAAAAAAACAAACAAAAAAAUAAGCAAAUGCAGUAAUCUCUGAGUCUGCCGUGCUACACGUGACAAACAAGCAUAGACAGUUGUGCAGCUAUUGGAAACCCCAUUUGUUGUUCAUCCUCUAGAGAGAGAGUUCUGUGAUAAAAA